AUGGGCACCGUGUACUGUGUUCCUGAAGAGGAACUUCUGAUUUCGUUAAAUGGUCACAUUUACCAUAGGAGAAUGGAUGGCAGUGUGAAUUUCUAUCAGCUGUGGAAUCAGUACAAGAGAGGAUUUGGGAAUGUGGAGGGAGAAUACUGGCUUGGGCUGGAGAACAUGUACCAGCUGACAAGCAACAGGACAUACAUGCUGAGAGUGGAUCUGGAGGACUUUCAUGGAAAUAAAGUUUUUGCUCUGUACUCGUCCUUCUCUGUGGGUCCUGAAGUUGACGGGUACAAACUACAUGUUUCAGGAUUCACUGAUGGAGGAGCAGGCGACUCAUUUUAUCUUAAUAAUGGACAGAAGUUCUCCACCUUUGAAAAUGACCAAGAUUACUCUGGAGAUAAUUGUGCCAAAAAGCAUCUCGGGGGAUUUUGGUACAAAAACUGUUAUGGUACAAACCCCAAUGGUAUAUAUUUAUGGGGUGAAGAUGACAUCCUUGAUGACAUUGGAAAUGUUUGGAAAACCUGGAAGGGUUUUAAUGUCGGUAUGAAAUCCAUCAGCAUGAAGAUCAAAUGUGUGUCUUAG